GAACCCGACCGCGCGAAUGGAUUAAGAAUCGGGCUUAUAGGGCCCAAGAUACGACGGCCAGAAUGAGGCUGGCAGUUACGGGAAACUCGCGUCUCUCCUCUUUCUUCGUCCGUUUCAACCCAUCGACCUCAGCACUGCCGAUUCGUGGUCUUCGUCGCUCCGUCAGGCCGGCGAUCGCGGCAGCAACUGAUGGGUCUCGUUCCAGGGAAACAGCGCCGGCGACCCCACCUCCCUCUCCCUUCUUCGACGGCGUGCGAGAUUUCUGGCUAGUCCUGCGUCGACGACGGGAGUUCCAGCGGCGAGCUCCGUCCCAGGGCAACCAGCGCCGGCGACCGUCCUUCCCCUUUUCCGCCGGCGUGCGCGUGAGCCGCGACGAGUCACAGCGGCAAUUUUCCCCUUUCUCCGGUUCAAGUUCCCUUCAACAAAUUCGAGGUAGGAACACUGAUUUUGAAGGGCAACCCGGAGGGCAGUGAAGUGGUGGUGUGGCGUGGAUGGCUUUUAAUUACUUUAAUAAUUAAACUACAUUAUUUUAAUGGAUUUCAUGGAUUGUUGGACGUUACUUUGGUUUUAUUAUGCUUCCGCGACGUUUGGACUUGUUUUGUUACUCCGAUAAAAAUUUGGUUUAGUU